GCCGCACGUGGAAAAUGGCGAGCAGCAGCAAGGAGUUGGACUUGGGAGGGCUCAUACUGCAGGUCCUGGAAGAAAAGGGGCAGUUGGACUCGUUUGACUUUUCCAGAGAGGCGGGGAGAGAACAUCAGACUGUAGUGGGAGCCAUAAAGAGCCUCCAGUCGGUGGGAAACGUGGUGAGCACCGAGCAGAGACAGUUUGAGAGCUGGGUACUGACUGGGGAGGGGCAGGAGGUGGUGGAGAAUGGAAGUCAUGAGGCCAGAGUGUACAACGCAAGCAGUAUCCCCAAUGCCAAGGUAGGAUUCAGCAAGGCCAUGUCGGCCGGCUGGCUGAGGAUAGACAGUCGGCGCCGGCCGAGCAAGGGUGUUUCGCAAGACCGACGCCAUCGAGACAACUGUGACGAAAUGUCUGGUGGUGAGCAAGGGUCAGAGCUUCACUACUCAGAUAGGGAAACAAGAAGUGGACUCACUCCAGAAAUGAUUACCCUCGAGGAGUUUACUCCCAGGUCAAGGGUCUUCAAUGACCAGCGUGUUUCGCACGAGACGCUGGACGCCACUCGCCCUGGCAGAGUUCCACAGAUAGAAGGAGUUGGGGCCGAUUAG